AAGAAGGUGAGUAACCGUGCUGAUGGAGAGAACCGCUGUUGUUGUUGUUGUUGCUCUGAUGAUGCUGUUGCAGAACAGCCUGCAGGACACACAGGGUCCUGUGACAUCGCUGAACUCCUCUGCUGAACUGAAGCAGAUCAGGGAUCUUCUCUUUCAGCAAGGACUCAACUUGACUGAGCUCCUGAAGAAAGACACAGCUCUGGAGAAAGAGAUGGAGAAUCUGAAGAAGGUGAAUGGAGAACAAGCAGUUGCGCUCUCAGCCAUGAAGAGGGAACUGGAACAGCUGAACAACACGAGUGCAGCACAAGCAAGAGCACUCUCAGCCGUGAAGAGCGAUCUGAAAACUCUGAAGAACGAGAGUGCAGAGAAGGUGGCCUUCUCAGCUGCUUUAGGCCUGCCUGCAGGACUGAGAGGCCCAAAGAAUGCUGAGACAACUCUGGUCUACAAAAAUGUCCUAACAAACAUUGGAAAUGCCUACAACUCAUCUACAGGGAUCUUUACAGCUCCAUUCAGAGGGGUCUACUAUGUUCGCUUCACAGCUGCCGUGUAUAACAACAACAGCUACAAUCUAGGACUGAAUCUGUAUAAAAACGGGCAUUAUCUGCUGCAUUUGGGUGAAAACGGCCCUGACGGCUAUGCUAAACAUGUCUCGAGUGGAGUCACUCUGGUUCUGGUGGCGGGAGAUCAGCUGUACACCCGCCUGCCAGCAAACUACGUGGUGUGGGAUGAUUCGCUCUUCCGCACUAGUUUUAGUGGCUUCCUCCUCUUCCCCAUGUGAAAGAUGGAAAGGCCUAGUGAUAAAAUUACUAGGAGGCUUGUCUUACUGUGGCUUUUACUGUUUUGAUUAACUACUUAAUCAAUUAUCAAUAUUCAGUGCUGAUUAACCAGCUGUGAAAUCAUUUAACCUGCUUUAUCAUUUUGGGUAAAGGGACUUUCACUUAUAUGACAGAAACAUUACCAAAGAAUUGCUUCUCUGAAAUGUCUCCCGGGGACCAGAUGCUAGAGGGCGCUCUUCAGCAAUUCCAAAUAUUCCUUUUGUAUAAAAUAGCUGUUUGUAAAGGCUUAAUCACUGUUAGACAGACAAAUGAAUUCAUGUUCUUAACAGAAAAUGGCAUAAAAUAU